AGUGAGAUGCGCAUUCAAUAUUGAUUUGAAUCUGCAAUCGAUGCGAAUCGCGUGCAAACAUAUACGUCUUAACUCAACGGUAAACAGCAUCGCAUGGAUGUAGAAAACGAGAUAUAAACGAACGAGUUUAGCAAGUAAACGAGGAUCUUUCAGCCAAAGAGGAUCGCAAAGGAAAUGAUCGCAACCAGAGAAAUAAAAUUUGCGUUUCUGGUUGUAGGUUCGGUGAUUUUUAUUGGAAUCACGAACGCAACUAACAGCAGCGAUGUCUACUUGCGAGGCAGUUUGCAGGGAAAGGAACUACGAGUCGUUACAGGACAUUUUCCACCCUACAUUUCCAUUUUGCGGAAUUCAUCCGGCCACAUUACUGGGUAUUCACACCACAUGUAUCAUCUUUUACUCUACUUGUCGCAGAAGCUAAAGUUCACUUACAAAAUAUUCCCUGCUCGUGAAAACACCUUGGGAGUUAAGAACAACGGAAUUUGGAACGGCGUUAUAGGAGCCGUCGCUAAUCUCGAAGCCGAUAUCGGUUUAUUGCCAUUGACUGUCUCACUGGAGCGGUACGAAGCCAUUGAAUUCUGUGGAUUCGUACGCGGCGACAACACCGGCAUCCUUGUCAAAUAUCCCGACGCCAACAUUUCAUUUACCAGCGCCUUCGACGUCUUUUCGAUCGGAAUAUGGAUCGGAGGGAUAUCUUCCGGAAUAGGAAUCUGUGCCCUUUCUGUCAUUUUUUCUUACCUGACAAAACGAUUGCGCAUUAACGAUUGGCCGGCGAUGAGUGCUGAGCAUUUUUUAUGGCACUUGUAUGGAACCACGAUUUCUCAAGGGGUAUAUUUUCCGUGCCGACAACCAUCGCAGAAACUUCUCGUUGCGACCUGGUGUUUCGCAACUUUUGUCUUCGUCAACAUUUACAACUCGACUUUGAGGUCUUACAUGUCGGUGACUUAUCAAAGACCCGAAAUCAAUUCCUUUCGCGAUUUGGCUACUGCCACAAAUUACAAGGCCACUGUCUUAAUCGGAUCUAUUCAAGACAUCGAUAUGCGGGUGGUGAUGGAGCGAUACCAAAAUGGUGAUCUGAAAAUGAUCGCCGAUCGAGUCAAGAAAUGUGCACUGGAUUGCAGGAAAUUCUCCUUCGAUGAACUGGCCGUUUCGGUUUUAGAGCAAGAGAACUGCGUUUCCAUUUUAGUUAUAUAA